AUGACAGCUCCACUCCACUGUGCCGAAAUGACAGCUCCACUGUGCCGAAAUGACAGCUCCACACCGCACGAAGAUGGGAAGCGCAACUGUUGCUGGCUCUUGAUGCGCUGUGCCGAAAUGACAGCUCCAGUUCGUGUCCUACACGUUGUUCACUCGUUGCCCAUCUGUGCCGAAAUGACAGCUCCAGUUCGUGUCCCGCACGUUGUUCACUCGUUGCCCAUGUCUGGUUGCAUAUGGGAAGCGCACCUGUUACUGGAUCUUGAUUCGGCGCUUAGCUGUGCCGAAAUGACAGGCCCACUGUGCCGAAAUGACAGCUCCACUGUGCCGAAAUCACAGCUCCAAUGUGCCGAAAUGACAGCUCCAGUUCGUGUCCCGCACGUUGUUCACUCGUUGCCCAUGUCUGGUUGCAUGUCUGUGCUUGCAUCCAACACCGCACGAAGAUGGGAAGCGCAACUGCUGCUGGCUCUUGAUGCGGUCAUGCAAUAA